ACCCCGGAACCUGCCUACGCUUCACUGGAAAUGCAUGUACAAACGUUCAAUCGGCCCUGAUAGUGGGGUUCUCCGCGGUUCGCUUGUAUUAGCGCCUGUGGAGUCCUGUCGAGCUGGGUGUACUUGGGCUGGAUCAGAGCUUCAUUGCUGUUCCGUGUGGCUUGUGUAUGGGAUAUUUUUCCAGGACCACCGUUACGCUCUCCCUAACUUUCUCCCGUCCGUACACAGCCCCGAGAGGUUACCAUUCUGUUCUUAUCGUUAAUUCCAUUCACGGAAUCUUGAAGAAUAGCCCUCCUUAUCAACAGGUCGGUAAGGGUGUCUCGAGUGCACCAGUGAUAGGGUUGAUACCACUUCAGUGUCAAAACAAGGAUACACAACGUGUUAAGUUGUUUAAUUGUGCUUCUAAACGAAAUGCACUGCAGCUGUGUGGAAAGGCUAUGAUUUUACACCGAAUUGCAGAGUAAAAACAAAUCGUUGGCAAUUUUUUGGCAAUUUGUUUGGCGGAGACAAGCUAAUUCUGUUGCUUUUUAUGUCAGAUACGUUUACAGGUUUACGAGGAAGCAUGACAAGUUUAUAAGCUUUUGUCACUUGAUUCAGAAAUCAACACCAGUAGCACGUGCACAUGUGACUGACAGAUGUCGUCUUGGAAUGGCAGACUUCCGGUUUGCGAUAUAACAGACAAGACAAUUUAGACAGCAAUGCAAAAACAAAAACGGAUUGUUGUGAAAGUCGAAACACUGAAGAGUUUCCAACAGGAGGGUUUGUUUUCUAUUCCGAUAAGCUCCACAUUAAAAGGGAUUGUGUAUUUCAUCAAAUUUCAAAGACGGAAUUUCUUAUUUAUCUAGGCGAUAGCGUUGAGAAUGAUAUCGGGAUAACAACACAGACACACGAUGACGAAGAAACUGAUAAUCCCGGGUACAUUUGAGCUGAAGAACAUUCUCCAGGAGAAGGGACCCCUGCCACACCCAAAGAAACCCCGGAUCCGGAAGUGCGAGCUCAUCCAAGAUGUGUCCAAGUUCAAGGACGUCGACGAACAUGCGGCUAAGGUUGCCGGUUUGACCCAUCGAUUCUUCCGUGAAUUGAUUUGGCAGCUGACCCACAGCUGUCCGGCUGUCAAAACGGACCUUGACAAAGUUAGGGCAAUAUUCCAAUGGCUAACUUUAAGAGAUCUCAAUCGUCCAAUCUUCACAGAGGAAACGGCCAACAACACUGUGGAAUUCAUUAUGAAAGAGUUUCAACAAGGACAGAGAACCCAUGCACAGAUAUUCCAGAUCAUAUGUUUGUAUUCCGGUAUAUACUGUAAAGUGGUUACGGGCGUUGCUAAGGGCAAAGACUAUUGCCCGGGUGAGACAUGCUCUCUGGACAAGUUCCGGCAUUGCUGGAAUGUGGUGUUCAUCAAAGAUAACUGGUUUCCGGUCGACGCAAAAUGGGGAAGCCGUCAAGCGUCAAAUGAGAGGUCAGACAGUUAUAGUGACUUUUACUUUCUAACUGAUCCGGAUCAACUCCAGCUUAGCCAUUGGUCAGAGGUGCCGAGCUGGCAGCUAGUCGAUCGUCCAAUCAGCUCGUCCGAAUUUGAGCAUCUGCCCUUUGUAAAGCCCCACUUCUUCAAGUGUGGGUUGAGCUUUAUAUCCAACGUAAAGGCCGUGAUUGAGACACGACGAGGACAGGUUAAAUGGGACAUCGGACUCGGCACUCCUGUCAAGUUCUCAUUCAAACUCGUGUCCGCUGAGACUCGUCAGGAACAGUGUGGCGAUGUUAACCUCAAGGAUUUUGUUUUCCACGAAAUCCAAAAUGGCCGCGCUAGUUUUAUACUCAGGUCUCCCCUUCCGGGAACAUAUUACCUAAAACUGUUUGCAAAGCGCCAAGAAGACAGGUCUAUAAAUCGAAGUCGGUUUCUUGAGGUUCUGGAGUACAAAGUACAGAUAGAUAAAGCUUGUAUCGAAGACGACCCUCUACCGGGAUGCUGGGAUCACAUAUGGGGUCCAGGGGAGAGGGCGGAGCGAUUCUGUAUCUACCCUGUUCAGAAGCGCGGUAUUAUCACUAGCAGUGAAAAAUCCAUCAACCUAGAAAUCAACAAAACUCGACCUGUGCAAUUACUCUACCGAUUCUGUCGUAACGAGUGGAAGGAGUCGGAACUCCAGAAAUGUGUGAACGUUGUCCAGGACAACGACACUAAGGCUUACGUCGCCAUUACGCUACCGAUGGCAGGGGAAUACGGACUCGAACUUUUUGCCUAUAUACCCUCAAAACCGGAAGUGGCGUAUACGCAUGUGUGUCAAUAUUUUAUUUCUUGUCAGAGAAGAGACGAGGAGUUAGACGACGCACUGCUAGAGAAGUUCCUUGUCCGGAAUGACAAGCGACAACCAAUGCAGUUCGCCGACAAGGCAAUGACCAAUGGCGUCCCAGAAACCUCGAAUCCGGGCGAAGCACCUUCCACGUUUGACCUCAAACCUCUUGGUGACGAUGAAUUGGAAGGUACGCCCCCAGAACUAGUGUCGUCUGCCAAUCAUCUGGCUGUGUUGGACAAACACAGAGAGAGCAUGCGCAAAAUGGAUGCAUAUGCUAAAAAAGUCUGUGAGAAACACCACGCGACAUUCCGAGACCUAUUAUGGGACCUGCACUCGUGUAAACCAGUUGAGGACCCGUUCACCAAGGUCAGGAUCCUUUACCUGUGGCUGGCCACCAAGAAAGUACAGGACAUCACGUUCGAGGAUGUGACUGAAGGAAGUCCGGAGGAGACACUACACUGUCUACACACGGGCCGGACCACGUACGCAAUGGCUUUCCACACUCUGUGCAGGUACAGCGGUAUCCCGUGCCGAGUGUUGACAGGCCAGGCUAAGGGUACGGACUACAAGCCCGGACAGGUCAUGGGCGGACCAGGCUCAAACUUCCACACGUGGAACGUCGUCAACUUGGACGGGCAUUGGUUCUUUGUCGACAUUCGAUUUGCGAGGCGACCAAUCAUCAGCAACCUAACAACAUCGGGCGACAUCCAGCACGGCCUGGACGACCAUUUCUUCUUGACAGUUCCCUCGAGAUUUAUCUACACCCACUUCCCUGACGACCAACAGUGGCAGCUGCUGGACCCGCGCGUUACCAUGGAGCAGUUCUCUAACAUGCCGGUCAUGACACCACAUUUCUUCCUCCUCGGUCUCGACAUCCUCAGCCACAACAGUUACCAAGUAACAAGCAAAGGGGAUACAACCAUCACAUUACGGUACCCUACCAACUGUCCACCAUUCCACUUCACAUUCAGUAUUCAUCCGAGUGUGAAGAACGAUGAGGGAGAAGGUCAGAAACUCAAUCGGUACGGUAUGCUUGAGGCCCAUGAUGGCAUCAUUACCUUCCGGCUACGACUGCCUGAGACAGGCUCAUAUACGUUCUUUGUAUACGCCAAAGAGGACUCGCCGGAGAAAAAGGACAGCAUGUUCGCCCAGGUGUGUGAGUACAAAAUAAUCCAGGAGGAAGUUCUGUCUCCAGUGGCCAAGCCGUAUCCCCCGUGCGCCUACCAGAGCUGGGGACCCGGGUCCGCCUUCUACCUCUUUGGUAUGCUUACCGAGCACACGAACGCUGUAAUCCCCACCCAGGAAGGACAGGCCACUCUGGUCGUCACCACUCCCAAGAUCAUGCAGUACAGAACGAGGCUGGUCCAAUUCCAGGAUGCCACUGACUUUGAGGGUUACGUCACUCAUCGCACAAGUGGUAACGAGACAAAAUUUUCCAUCACAGCCCCAGGACGCGGCGAAUAUGGUUUCGAGAUAUAUGCCAAAGACCCGGAUAUAGACUCAAAGAAGAUGCGUCACGUGGCGCAGUACCUUGUCGUCUGUGACGAGGACGUCAAGCCUAUGCAGUUGCCUCGCCUACCUUCAGGUUUCCUUGGGGAACAGCCAAUGCUGGUUAAACAUGGGAUCAUUCCUGCCACUCAUCCUGAUCCCAUCAUGCAUCUGGACGGAAAUUACAUCGAAAUCGAGUUCCACACGUCAAAGGGAAUGCGGUUUACCUCAAGCAUGAGCGAGAUUGAAACAAAACGGGAAUGUUCCGAGUUUAUCUUUAUACAGUCAAUCGCCGAGGGGAUUCGUCUGUGCGUUCUCCUCCCUCAGGAGGGCUUCUUCGCUUUAUGUAUCCAUGGCAACCUAUUUGAGGACAAUAGUCAACAGAUACCGGGUCUGUAUAACUACCUUAUUCACUGUAAACAGACGGCAACACCAGUGGUGCGCUACCCGAAACAGUUCGGCUACUGGAAGGAGGGCUGCUAUAUGUGGGAGCCAAUGACCAUUGCGCCCAAGACGGAAACAGAGUUAAUUCCCUUCCGUGUACGGAUCCCUAAGGCUUUCGUAGUGGCAGUUGUGGUAGACCAGGACUGGACUCGCCUUGAUCAGGACGAUUCCGGUGUGUGGGAGGGCAAGGUAGAGCUCGUUCCUAAUCCGGAAGCUCCUUCCCGGAUCGUUCUAGUUGCCAGCUAUGAUGUAGAACAGAGUCGCUUCUCUUCACUUCUAGAAUACAACGUCUAGUUUCAUGAAGUAGCGUUAUCAUUGGAGGACAGUGUAAAGUUACCAGAAGAAAUGUUACCACUGAAAAACAGUGUCUGGUUUCGUGAAGAGAGUUAUCUAAAGUAUCUGAGGAUGUCAGUUCACUUCAUUUCGCGUCCACAAAGGAGGUGUGUUUUUGGCAGCUAUACAUGCGGUUGGCCUAUCGUUAUCAGUCCUGGUGCCUAAUUGUUGCCGCAGAAAGUACUAUAAAAUAAAUGAAUGACGAACAGCCUGGUAUUUGUAAAGUGACAGUUAAAAUAAUUACUGAAUGAAUUUUAUACCCUGACAUAUUUCUUCUUUUAAACAACCAAAUGUCACUUCCAAAAUCGCCUCAUCAGUUAUACGGUGCGAUUUGUGGGUUAUAGUGUGCGAUAGGAGGCGCGCUGUAUGUAUCGCUAUGUGUUUAAUUGGAACAAUAUGUGACAUAUCGAUGUCUGUCCACUAUGGCUAAUGUAUGUAGCGGUACAUUGUCCACGGUGUGUGACUUUAUAUUGACAUGUGCCAUCGGAGACACUGUGUAUGCACUAGUUUGUACUUGUAUUCACUCUGUGAGAUGUAAGCCAGGCUGUGACCACUGGGGGCGCUCGCUGUAUAUAAAUGUUUUCACUGGGAAGCGCCGUACGGCACUAGUAUGGACAGGUGUUACGAAAAUGCGAAGCAAACCUAAUUGUUAUUUUCUAGCCAAUAUAUUAUAUGCAAAUGCGGCGAAAUGAGUUGAUAGGAUUCAGUCAGAUGGCUUGGUGUGACUGAACAGUGAUAUUAUCGCUUCAUUCUCGGCUACCAGCACGCGUGUUCACUCUACAAAUCGCAUCACUCGAUUAUCGAGGGACAUUCAUAAACUAUUUGAAAGCCAUCCGUCAACGCCAACAGGUCCGUCCGUUUAUAGUGACUUCGGUUCUAAAUAACUCUGUUAUUGAUAACACACCACCCAUAGGACACACCAUUACAACACACGCCAUCCACAGGACACACCAUUACAACACACAUCAUCCACAGGACACACCAUUACAACACACACCAUCCACAGGACACACCAUUACAACACACACCAUCCACAUCCGUUCUACUGUAGACAUGAUGAUAUAGCUUCUAGACAGUAUAGGGUACUUACACUGGUGUUUGAGUCGGACGGUGCUUCUUUAUAUAUCAAUAACUUAGAUUAUUUUGUCACAAUUUUCCACAUUUUUUAUUUUAGCAAAAUCAAAGUGUUGCAUGCUCAAAGCGUAAGGUUCCCAUAACAACCUAUCACAAACAGUUAACUCGCCACCCACGCUCUACCUCCGGAUUUCAGCUACGUGCAAUCUAUAUACUGUUAAGAAUUUUAGGUAAUAUGUGAUAUUUUUUGUAGAUUAGCAUUUCAUAAUGAUGAUUAUGGUCGUUUUUGUAUCAUGUUGGAGACAUUUAACGAGAAGGGAGGUAACUCUAGCAUCACAUUUUUCCUCUGCAACAUAUGAGAUACUCCCAGCAUUUUCUCUUAACACGUGAAUGAAUAUGUAUAAUAACAACAUGUGACCAGUCGUUAAUAAUUAAUGGUGGAGACGAGAGGUGAACUACACGCGAGGAACUUGUAGAACUUAAUGAGAAGUAAAGUAUAGAUAUGCCAUUGUUUCUAGCUCUACAUUCACCUCUUUGCAGUACACUUACGAUUUGAAAACUACUCGCACACAUAUGUAGUUGAAUUUGAACUUUAAAACCUCCUAACUUCUUUCGUUGAAGACAAACAGUUUAUUUCAUGAGUUUAUAUGAAAAAAAAUCACUUUGAUAAUCGAAAUAUUGAUGAGCCAACAGUGUAAAUAUCUAUUGAUAUAGUCCAUGGGCCUUUCACAGUGCUGGAUGUAGAACAGUGAAAUUAAACCCUGGGAGAGUACGAGUGAUGUAACUCUCAGAGCGAGGGAUGUAGCUCUCAGAGCGAGGCAAGUAGCUCUCGGAACGAGGGAUGUAGCUCUCAGAGCGAGGGAAGUAGCUCUUUGAACGAGGGAUAUAGCUCUCGGAACGAGGGAUGUAACUCUCGGAGCGAGGGAUGUAGCUCUCGGAACGAGGGAUGUAGCUCUCAGAGCGAGGGAUGUAGCUCUAGGAACGAGGGAUGUAGCUCUCAGAACGAGGGAAGUAGCUCUCGGAACGAGGGAUAUAGCUCUCAGAACGAGGGAUGUAGCUCUCGGAACGAGGGAUGUAGCUGCAAGAAACGGUCCCUGUAUAUCUUCAAAUGCAAAGAUGAUGUUUGAUUGCUAGUCAGACAUUAAAGUGCUAGUUGAACUCUAUUUUGGCAUGUAUUAUUCUCUGGAACGAGUGUUUGUUAUGGUAAACAAUGGGAUAGACUGAUGAUGUUAUGGUUGGUAUACAAAUAAACCUAUAUUUCACACAU